UCAGUGAUGAUAAGUCACCUAGUCAUAUAUGAGGUGAAGUGUUUGUAGCUGCUUCAGCCACUUCGUCUACCUAGAGAGAGAGACUCCCUGUUCUGAUCAGUUUACCGCAUCAUAAACACAAUGCUGGUCAGCAUGAUCCCCCUCGCCAUGGCGCUGGUCUGCGCCUUGUACAGUCAGGUCACAGCAGAACCUGCUCCUCAGUUCCAUCCCUCAGGAUAUCACGGUGGCCGUCACUGGUCACAGGCUCGCAACCACUCCUUCGCCGCGCCUAAAACCAGCUUUGACUUCCUAGACCCCGCGACCUCGCCGGUAGUGGAUGAUAUGAUCAAAUCACAGGUUCCUCGUCAGUCUGGUCUUUACGGGAUUCCUUUCAGCUUCGCAGGACGGAACGAAAACUUUCCUCCACAGCAAGCAGCCCAACAACCGGGAUACUCUCAAGGGUAUCCGGGUUCCCCGAACUUCCAGAACAAUCAAGGGUUCCAAGGCCCUCAGCCAUCUCAAGGGUUCCAGGGCCAGGGUUUCCAGGGUACACCGGUAUAUCCUCAAAUCUACAAGGUAGACAAUUUGAUCAUCAUCGCUAACCCUCCCGAACAGCAAGCUUGUCCUCAGACAUGCAACAUCAAGCCUCUAGACAAGAACACGUUCCCCGGCAAGGACGAUGAACUGGACAACAGGUUGGGCCUGAGUGACCCCAGCGAGCCUACCAAGUGUACCUGGGCCAUUGUAGCGUGUUGCGCCCCCGGCAACAACGAGGUGCGCUACAACUGCUUCGAGCUGAUGGGAUGUCCGGGUCUGUUCCUGGGACAGAAUCCUUGCACUCCUAGGUUCGUGGAGGCGGCGACACAGUCAGCGCUCAACUUUUACCGCAGUGGCAACUCCAAUACCACGGCUAGCGACACCAACCAACUCUAAACUCACUAUUUUAAAACGAAACUUACGCCAUAUUAUAUUUUUUUGUCUAUUAUAUUAUAAGUGUUUGUUAUGUGUCUCCUGCGUAUAUCGUUGUUGUUUAGAUUUCACUCUUGACUCUUGUUGUUAGAUCAUGUUCCACUAAGUAUUUCUGUUGUUAAGGAAUUUUCUACAAAUACGUUAACUAAACAGUAUUAUGAGCGAUUAUUUUAAUAGCGAUGAAACUUUUAACCACAUGAUAUAAUUUACAUGUUUAUUAAUGUUUUGAUGAAGCAGUGACGACAACCGUAACAGUAUUCGCAUAAUGACCAAGAGGCCGUUACUUAUUUAAAAAGACCUUCUACUGUAUCAUUGUUAUUGGCUUAUCACAACUAUUUAGACACGUCAGUUAAUCAGUGUUUCAUCGUUAAGUUGUUCUCUAGCAUAUGAGGUACAAUUUCUUAUUUUCCCUAACAUAAAAUUAUUAAAAUUAUUGUUUAAAUGUUUCAACAAAAUCAUAUUUUUUAGUUUUUUCCUUUUCAUCAUCCUCCUCCAAAUUAAUGCACGAGCCUUAUUGUGUUUAAAAAAUAUGGUGAAGAUUAUACAGCUGAAUGCACAAUUAAUAACCUCUAGAUUAUUAUUUUAUACUUUUGAAUUGUUUAUAAUAUUUAUACAAAAAAGGAAUAACUUAAAUUUAUAUUAAAAUUAUUGCUUGUGAUAUAUUUAUAGCUAUACCUAUUGAUAGUGUUAAAUGUAUAUAGUGUACAUAUUAUAUUUACGUGUUUAUAACAUUAAAUUAGGUGACAAUGGUUCCUCUAUAUAAUAAUCAAACGAUUUGUUUAUUGUGAGAUGAACAACAAUGUCAUGUAAAUGUACAUGAACAUGAUAACAAUUGUAAAGAUUAUUAGGAAUAUUUAAGUUUUUUUAUUAGUGAUCAUUAUAGCAAAAUAUUGACGGAUUUAAGAGCAACUGACAAGAUUAAUAAUUCCUCUAAGAUAUUGCAUUAAGUUUAGUAGAGAUUUUCCCUAAAAAAAUUAAUAAACUAAUAUCACAGAUUAAUUGUUUUACCUGUGCGACGGUAUAAUAAAAUAUACUAGAGGUCGUCCAGUGGUCGAACACUCGACCAAAAAUUUUUAAUAUACAGACUUCUCCAUUUUCACCCCACACUGUAAAUAAAAUAUGUGACUGUAAUUUUUUUCCUUUUGUUUUGAUUUUCUGUUUAUAUUUCGUUGUUAUCUCGUCACAAGCAUGGCAACCCAUAAAGCCCAUGUAAUUUUGUUUUUGAUUUAAAAUUAAUUUUUUGUUCUUAUAUUUGAGCCUAUUUGAUUUUUUAAUGGAAUUCUGCACAUCUACAGAGAAUAUAUUUCUAACAGAAUGCGUAGAUUUUCCCUUUUAUGCACACGAGCUGAGAAAAAAGGUUUUAAAGAAACAUGCUUGCCUAUUAAUAUACAGAUAGAAGAUCGUUCACUUUAAAAUUCCUUAGUAGUAGAGUCCAGCAUAUCCAAGUUUAACCAACUUAAUCGUGCGAUGUGAAUAUGCUAAAGUGAAUAUGCUUGUUUUUGCACCGUGUACUUUUUUUGCUUUAAUGAAUCUUGUAGAAAUUUUGUUAUUAGCUAAUAACAAUAAUACGUAAAGUUUUAGUUGUAGUAUAUUUAUUUUAAAUUUAAGUACAAUGUCAUUUUAUUUACGACUUAUAUUAGGAUUUUGUUUAAUUAAGUUUAUUUUACCGUAUACUGGUUUUACAACUUAUUUCUUAUUGUCGCAUUGCAUUACUACUUAUUAAAGCCAAUUGUGACACGUAGUUGAUAGGAACGCCAGAGACCUCAAUUAUGUGACAUCUGUUAUGUUAUGUACAGCUCUGUUAAGGAGUUAAUUAAUAUAAUAAAUCUACCUUUGUA